AUGAGGACGGCAUUGCUGAUCAAGACAGCAGCCUUGGUGGUAGCGGGAGGGGUGAGGGCUGCGCCAAUGCUGAACGGGGCGGCGGUAGGGGAAGUGGUGUCGCACGCACCAGUCUUUCAAUCCGAGAUUGUGGAAGAAGCAGCGUCUCACCCCCACCUUGCACAGUACCCGGAAGGGUGGUCGAGCGCGUCGUCAGAUGAGCAUCAUUCGCACAUCGAUUGGAAUAGUGCACAACACCCCUCCGAACCAGACGGGUCACCGCCACACCCCUUCCCAUCCAUGCAAGAAGGCGCUUUUGAGCAUUGGGCAACUCUCUCCCCCCGCGUUACACCACCUCAACAUACCCCUUCGCCAACGUCGAUGCUGCACACACACUCGAUUGCCCUCCCGACAAGAGAGAGGGUAAGGGAGGAAGACGAUCCUCUUCGCCUCACCUCCACCCAUUCCUUCCGAAAUCGACCUUCAUUUGCUUCGACUGAAGCGUCCACCUCGUUCAACGAGAUUGGAGAAACCAGUAUCUCCAGUGAUAACAACACACCAAAAGCAAAGGGAAGAAAGCGGAACUUGGAAAAGCUUAAACAAGUGCUGAGGAGGUUCUCGCUGGGUAGUGGUAGCCGAAGAAGUUUGAGUGAAAUCACAUGA